AAAAAUGAGUGACGUCGCGGACGACUGGGAGAGUGUGCUGGACGACGAGACGACAGCGACGCCUCCACCGCAGCAGCAGAAGCAGCCGCAGCAGCAGCCUGCCAAGAGCAGCAGCACUUCCAAGACCAGCGCCAGUCAAUCACAUGCCACGAGCAGCAGCAGCAGCAGUAACAGCAGCAGUAACAGCACUGCCGCUUGGCCGGACGACGACAACCACAGCGCCGACGCCUUUGCCAUGCCAGCAAUGAAGAGCGAGCUGCUUGACAUGAUGUCUGGCGCUGCCCAAGCCAAGCCAGUCCAACACGACUCGAUUCUCGAGCUCUAUUGCAUCCCCGAGCACUUCAAGACAGCCGACCUUGAACGGCUUGUUGGACCGUACAAUCACUCGCAUAUCAAGUGGUUUUCAGACACUCAGGCAUUCGUAGUAUUUUCAACGCCAUAUGCAGUGGAACAAAUACUGGCAAACUUUGCCCAUUCCACGGUCAAACUGCGACCCAUCAGCAAAUCCGAUCCAAAGACAGCGCAGCACAUUCGAAGCCUGUUCCCGGAUCGAGCUGCGUUGCCACUACGGCCAGAAAAAGAUGCUACUGUUGCGAAGCGACUCAUUGCCAACGUUAUUGGCGUGCCCCAACGGAUACGCACUCCCGAGGAGCGGCAGCGUGACAAGGAAGCCGAGCAGCAGCGCAAAGCAAAACGACAAGAUUUCCUUCAACAGCAGCAGCAAAAACAAGCCGCCUGGGACGAAUAGAAUAUUCAUGCUGCCCCGCAAUUGUACUGUAGAAAUCUCCACCAUCCCCUUUGAGUCCUCACACAGAGAAAACUUGCACGAG